AUGGAAGUGUGGGAUGGAGUGACGGGGUCGAAUAUUUCCUUCAACUGGCCCCCCGGCCUGAUCGAUCACGACGCUUCCUCAAAGACAAUUGCGACAAUGACCGAGAAUGCGAAUUUAAUACGGGGUCUAUUGUCACGAAUUGAGUCCCUUGGCGAAGACGUCUCUAUUUUCUCUUCGACAAAGGUCACAUCUAUCAAUAACGGCACUGAUAUUCCCGAUGGACCGGAUCUUUCGGCCUGGCCGGUGCUCACCUUAUCUCCUUCAUCUUCGACGGAAACAACCAAUUCUAAGCUCCCUACUAUUGCCGCUCGUCUUUUAGUUGGAGCAGAUGGAAUUAACAGCCCUGUUCGAUCAUUUGCAAGUAUCUCGACGGAUGGGUGGGAUUAUGACCGACAUGGUGUCGUUGCUACCCUGAAGCUCUCCCCCUCAGCAACCUCUUCAUCCAGGCCGGUAACUGCAUAUCAGCGGUUUCUUCCAGGAAUUGGUGGUCCGGUUGCCAUGCUUCCUCUACCCAACAACUUUGCUACACUUGUCUGGUCAACCACCGUCCAGAACGCUGCAUAUCUCAAGUCACUAUCGCCGAAAGCAUUUACAGCAAUGGUAAAUGCUGCUUUCCGCCUAUCCAUAACAGACCUGAAAUACAUGUUCUCCUUACCAUCUAGCCCAAACCAAACGUCCUCUGAGACAAGCUAUGACCAUGCAGACGAGUUAUCCUGGCGACUCCAGCAUACUCCUGUCCCAUCGUAUGUACCGCCAGAGGUUGAAACGGUUCACUCGAAUACAGUUGCUGGUUUCCCAUUACGCUUCCGCCAUGCAUCAACUUAUAUUUCACCUCGAGUGGCACUAGUCGGGGAUGCAGCUCACGUGAUACACCCUCUUGGAGGACUGGGGUUGAACCUAGGGGUCGGUGAUGUAAUUUCUCUCCAUCGCGCGAUUGAGUAUGCUGUGCAGCACGGAAUGGAUAUUGGCUCGUUGCUUAGCUUGGAACAAUAUGUAGCUGAUAGAUGGAUAACUAACGCUGGGAUUGGAGGAGCCUGUGACCUUCUGCAUAAGGCUUAUAAUGUUCCUGGCUAUGGGCCGUUUGCGUGGGCAAGAGGCGUUGGUCUAAACGUUGUGAAUAGCCUUUCCACGUUGAAGGGGGUUAUCAUGAAUCGAGCUUCAACUGCUUGA